AGCUGUCAGGGAUCAAACACAGAUAUAAAGGCUGCCCCUCUCAGGCACAGAAAAGAUUAUCCUCCCUCCUAGACUCUCCAGUAAAUCACGACAGCGAUGAGUGAGAUUAUUCUGUUUGAUCAUGAAGGCUGUACGGGAAAGAGGGAAGAUUUCUCCUGCGACACCCCGGACCUUGGAGUGAAGUUCUUCAGUGGGGUAGCUCGCUCCCUGAAGGUGAAGGGGAACCACUGGGUGGCUUACACUGGCAAGAACUACUCCGGCGAGCGCAAGAUAUUUGGGGAAGGAGAACACCUGAAGCUGGGGCCAUUUGACCAGAAGAUCGGCUCCCUUAAGCUGCUCAACACAGACCUGAGUUAUCCCAGCAUCGAUUUGUUUGAACACAUUGACUUCAAGGGGGAAUCGCGCAACGUGGACGAGAGGAUCGAUAACCUGAGGACAGGGGGCUUCAAUAAUCUGAUCUCAUCUCACAUCGUCAAGGCUGGAGUCUGGAUCCUUUACGAUGGGAUGAACUGUCAGGGGAAACACAUGAUUGCGUUGGAGGGGGAAAGAGUGGCAAAUUACUGUCCUCUUGGCUGGAACGACAAAGUCUCUUCCCUGCGCCCCUUGCUGACCUCCGACAAGGAGGUGUGAGACUGACAGCUCCAGAGGAGGGCUGGGGUGGGGGGUGUGCAUGGGGGAUUUUAAUAGCCUCCCUUGCUUCCAACCAUCCCCCCCAUCCCAUCAAACCCUCAGCUGUGCGGGUCAGUCUUUUGCUAAAAUCCCUGAAGCUGCUUUGGAAAACUCCGGAAGAAUGACAGCUUGGCCGCUGCAACGUGGAAUGAGACCCUUUGGCCCCUCCUGAAACCUCCUGCUGUCCCCAUUCUUGAUCUGCUCACCUCGUUUUGCUCUGCCUGUUUAGCGAUGAAAUAAAAUUGAUGUUUGCAAAGUC